AGUGAUCUGUGGAAUAUUUCCCGCCAAAGCCCAAACGCGACCAUUGUAUUUUUGUUAUUGAUUUUUUGACAGAAAGUAGAAACAGUCGAGUGAAAAUGAAGCAGAACUUUGAUUUGAUUACGAAAUAAGAAUAUAGUGAAAACUCCCAAUAACAUAGAAAUAUAACUAAUUAAAUUAUUCCUUCUUUCUGUGUUGUAUUUGUAGUUUGUUAUAGUAGCCAUUAGUUUAAAAUAUAAUAAGUAUUGAUUGCCCUGCCCUGUCGGUAACCAUGCAGCCAACCAGCUAUCAUUACCAUGAAUGAGUUAUCGUAAUUCGUAUACAAAUGUUUAAAUAAUUACUGUUACAAUGGCUGCUAGAAUAGCGAAUACUAAACAUCUAGCUAUUUUAGCGGAUAAAGGUGAGCCGUGUGCGUUUUGCAAAAGAAACUUCGAUGACGAAUCCAUAUACGGCAAGUUGUACAGCAUCGGGGAUAUUCACUGCCAUUAUUUUUGUGCUUUACUGUCCUGUUGCCUUAUACAGAAGGGUCAGGAUUAUGAAGGCCUAUUUGGAUUCAUGUACCCAGAUAUUAUGGCAGAGGUUAAGAGAAGUAAGAAGCAUAAAUGCUCGUACUGCGGUCAAGAGGGUGCGACAUUGGGUUGCAGUGUAGCGAAGUGCAAGAAGCAGUUCCACCUGCCCUGCGGCAGGGAGAGGCACGCCGUCUCGCUGUACUACGGGAACUAUAAAUCAUUCUGCGAGAAGCAUGCGCCGAAACAGAUAAUCAGCCCCGCCAUAAUGGACAUAGUCAAGGCCAGACUAUCAAAAAUGAAGAAGAAAAACAAAGGGAAAUGUUUGCAGAAGAAAAAAGUUGGUGAAAGCACAACUGAUACAGAAAACGCAGAGGAGGAGCCGGUGUGUGUUAUAUGCUAUGAGGCAGUGGAAGCUUUCCCAUCGGCUAAAACGUUUUGGCCCCCAUGUUGUGCCAGAGACGCUUGGUUCCACAGGCCUUGCCUACAGCGCAUGGCUUUAAGUGCAGGCGUACAUUACCUGAAGUGUCCACUCUGUAACGAUAAAGUCACCUUUACAGCGGUGGUGCACUCUCAGGGAUAUUAUAUACCUGACAGAGACGCGGCAUGGGAGCUAGAACAGAACGCCUUCUCUGGUAUGUACGAACGGCGCGUGGAGUGUCUCGCCGAAGUAUGCAAGUGCCCUAAUGGACGGAACUACGAUGCCAACUCUGGUAUAUGGGACGUAAAGCUGUGCGUGCUUUGCGGGAGCCCGGGGGUGCACGCGGGGUGCACCACAGCGGAGCACCACGUGUGCGCGGUGUGCACCCCCGCCGCGCCGGACCCGCCGCGCCUGGCGGUCAUCGACUCCGUAUCGCUUCCAAGGCACAGUCAAGACACACAGCAAACAAGAUCAGGAGGCUUCAUGCCGUGUAGGAUGUCCAUAAGGCGGACUAAACCGAGACACGUCCUACUUGCUGACUUAACGCGUUUACCGCGCCCAUCUUGUUCGUCACAAAACAAUGGAGUCAGUACACGAGAUGACGACAAUAAUGGAAACCAAUCAGCAAACACAACCAGAAGUCGUGAGGAGCUCAACCUGAGGACCCCCAAACGUCCCAACCCCAACCACACAGACCCCGUACAACCCGCAGACCCCGUACCCAAGCAACCGGAGAACGAUCUGCUGUCACCGUUGAAACUAUUGAAACAGGGUCUCAUCGAGAAGAUAUCAGUCACUGAAGCUGAUAAGAUUAUAUUUGAACCUUCAUUGAUGGAACAGAUCAGGAAAAAGUUUUCCAAACCCCGGCCUUUGUGUGUUAAAAGGAAAAUGAUUAGCGACAUAAUAAGUGAGAUUCUGAACUAUGCAGAAAAUGAACCUAAUAUCGUCAUGGACAUGAAGAAUUCUACCGACAUUGGAAAUGAUGAGGGACCUAUAGAGGAUGUAACUAAUGAACAUAAAAAUAUAUCAGACACCAAUAUGAAAACUCCUUGCCCAGAAGAAAUACCAAUACAAAACCAAAAAGACACUGAAACUUUGGGAAACACAACAAAAUAUAUAAGUGAAAAUGCGAAUUUGACACCUAAAAAACCUGAAAGCUUAGAGGAUGAAUCGUCUAGUAGUCCAUUUCAAUUGCCCCCAGAAUUUAUCGCAGACUCAAGCAAUAGUCUCCCUAUAACCGAUACGCCAAAGAAAUUGAAGAAGGUCAACAUACAAAACGAUUCAAUGGAAAUAUCUGAAAACAACCAAAUUGUCAACAUAGAUUUGGUCGAAAAUGGCGCCCCAGAAGACCACAAAUUAUCGGAAACCAAAUGCUUAUUCAAACUGAAUCCACUUAAUAAAGAUAUGUUACACAAAAACGUCGAUAUUGAUUUGGAGAGUUUCAAAAAUCAAUAUCUGAAUGAAGUGGAUAGGAAAAUCAAUAUUAAAUUCGAACGUACACAUGAAAGUACAAAUGAAAGAAGUCCACUGAAAGGUAGUACAGCGGUAGACUUAAAUAAUACAAGAAAACCGCCAAAACGAAAACUACCAUCGAGACACGAUGUUGCCAAUAAGAAGAGAAAAACUACCAAAACGGUACGAAAACUUAAAAAUAAAUACAAACUCCGUACUAAUGACAGAGAAAGUGAUACUGCUGGACAAUCGAAUAAUAAAGAGAAUACAAUAAAAAGAAGAUCUAAAAAACGAUAUUCAGUCCGUAAAGAUGACAAAGAUGAGGGUGGUGUGAAAAAAGAACGUUUAAGUCAUAAGGACGGUGUCAAAAAGAGGAAAUACAAAAGAAAACACACUAAACUGUCGAUUAACAAUAGAAAUAUAAAACUCAAAAUAAGAUUCCAAUCUAGUGAAUUAAAUUUAAAAAUCACUAAAUCUAAAAGGUCUAGAAGAGUUAAAAAGGAGAGUCCUAAAGUGUUGAAACAAUACAUAUUACAGUAUCCGGCCGAUCACAAGCCGCUGAAGGAUUACAUUGUCAGACCUGAUACAGAUGUCAUACCGAUACUAAAGAAAAAAAUCAAAAGUGAGAUGUUGACUGAUAAUUUAAAACAGACGUCUAUUAUUAACUUUUUUAAAGUUUCUCCUAAAAACUAAUUUAUUUUUUCAAAUCUUCCAACUACUUAACGGGUAUAAUCGUAUAAAAAAUCUUAGUUACGUGUAGUACAUAGAAUAAGGAUCCGAAAUAUAUCGAUAUUAAUUAAUAAGGAUGUCUUAUACAACUUAAUUUAGAAGUCUUUUUUUUUUAAUUUUCCAAGCGUCAAAAACGCUGUCGUUUAUUUUGUGACGUCACAAUGUUACUUGAAAUACUAAACGUCAAACCAAUAGGGUAGUUGACUCAUAUAAAAUCGUGUAGUGUUGUGUAGUACAUAGAAUAAGAAUUUAUAUCGAUAUUAAUAAUUAAUAAAGAUUUCGUAUAAAACUUAAUUAAGAAUUCCAGUUUUUUUUAAUUUUCCAAACGGCAAAAAUGCUGUUAUCCAUUUUGUGACUCCCCAAUAUUACUUGAACGUUAAACUAAUUGUUAACUAAUAUUUUUGCCAAACUCUCCUUUUGUAAGGUAUUUGUUAAUGUGACGGCAUGAAACAGUUGAAAUAUAGACCAUCAUGGCCGAUAGGCGUUUAGGUUCGUAUUGUCAAAAAGAUAUUUGAAAAUUUGAUCUUGCAUGUAAACACGUCUCAAAAAAAACGAUGUUUUUUAUUUCAAUCUAGUAGAAUGAUAAUGAACUAUUUAAGACCAUUUAAAAAAAGUGUCAGAUAGCCUGUAAGUUACUCCACGAUAAUAUGUUACAUUAAAUAUAAGAUAGCUACUAGUAGUUCGUAAAUUUACAUAAGACUACUCAUUCGCAUAUGUAGAGUAUGUAGUGGACUAUCGUAUUCAUAAUAUUACACACAUUGCCACAACGCAACCAGUAGUUUAGACAUUGCCUAGGCAUUGUAUAGAAUACCUAGAUAGAUAGGAAGAUAUUUUUUACAGUGUAUAGUGAAAAUUUUUCUUUUGGUGAUUCUGUAUCGUUAAUAUAUUUAAUUUAUUCGCAUUAUGCUUAGGCUUAAUUUCAAUAUGUAUUUUGUGGAAUAAUUAAUAAAUAAAACAAUUUUAGUACCAGUCUGGUACUCUUAAU